AUAAAGUUUAUGCCCUGUGUGACAAAGGUUUUCUUUUUGUUUGUCCUGAACCUUCCAUGCUUCAGCUUCAUUGCAUGUCCCCAAGUUAUCGUAUUCAGAAUCUACUUCCUCUAUUCAAUCCAUAAUCUCUUAUGUUCUCCACCCAUUUACCUGCCUUUUUUCUAAGCUAAUGAGUCCCAGAUGUUCUACCCUUUCCUCAUGGCAGAGUUGCUCCAGUACCUUGAUCAUUUUGGUUCCCCUUUUCUGGAUCUCUUCCAGCUCUGUAGUAACCUUUCCAAGGUUAGGCAACCAGAACUGUACAGCAGUAUUGCAAGUGUGGUCUCAGUGUAGAUUUGUAUAAUGGCAUUAUCAUAGUAGUCGUUUUAUUUCCAGUCCCUUUCCUAAUGAUCCCUAACAUGGAAUUCACCUUUUUCACAGCUGCCGCACACUGGGUCGACAUUUUCAUCGAGCUAUCCACCAUGGCCCCAAGAUGUCUUUCCUGGUCAGUCACUACCAGGCACUCGGAAUGCCGUGCUAAAUACAGAGGCUCGCACAGUGGAGGCGGAUGUUUUGAGCCGCCGCUGCGUGAUGAUGCGGCUGAUGGACUUCUCCUACGAACAGUAUCAGAAGGCGCUUCGCCAGUCGGCCGGUGCCGUGGUGAUCAUCCUGCCACAGAACAUGUAUUCCGUGCCUCAGGAUGUCAUCCGGCAAUUCAUGGAGAUUGAGCCAGAAAUGCUGGCAAUGGAAACCAUUGUGCCGGUCUACUUUGCUGAGGAAGAUGACGAUCUCCUCUCAAUCUACGAGCAAACGCAGGCGGCUUCUGCGUCGCAAGGCUCAGCUUCAGCUGCUGAAGUACUUUUACAUACAGCAACUGCCAACGGCUUCCAGAUGGUGACCAGUGGGGCUCAGAGCAAAGCAGUCAGUGACUGGCUCAUCACCAGUGUGGAGGGUCGGCUGACUGGUCUGGGAGGAGAGGACUUGCCUACUAUUGUAGUAGUCGCUCACUACGACUCUUUUGGAGUGGCACCGUGGCUCUCCCAUGGCGCAGACUCCAAUGGCAGUGGGGUUGCCAUGCUCCUGGAACUGGCCAGGCUGUUCUCUCGCCUCUACACGUACAAACGGACACACGCCGGGUAUAAUCUACUGUUCUUUGCAUCCGGAGGUGGCAAGUUUAACUAUCAAGGGACCAAGCGGUGGCUGGAAGACAACCUGGAUCACACAGAUUCCAGUUUGCUGCAGGACAACGUGGCCUUCGUACUCUGUCUGGACACUCUGGGGAGAGGGAACAGUCUCCACCUACACGUCUCGAAGCCUCCAAAAGAGGGGACCCUUCAGCAUGCUUUUUUGAAGGAGCUGGAGCUGGUGGUUGCCAGCCAGUUCCCAGAGGUGAGGUUCUCCAUGGUGCACAAGAAAAUCAACCUCGCAGAAGACAUGCUGGCCUGGGAGCAUGAGCGCUUUGCCAUCCGACGCCUCCCAGCCUUCACCGUCUCCCACCUCGAGAGCCACCGAGACGGCCUGCGCAAGAGCAUCAUGGACGUGAGGUCAGCCGCUGGGGCACGGGUCGACCCCAAAAUUCUAACCCGCAACACCCGCAUUGUUGUGGAGGCUUUGACGCGGGUUAUCUACAACCUAACAGAAAAGGGAGUACCUGUUGACCUCCAGAUCUUCACAGAACAGAUGCAGAUCCAGCAGGAACAGAUGGAGUCCGUGAUGGACUGGCUCACCAGCCAGCCAAGGGCCGCUCAGCUGGUCGACAAAGACAGCACUUUCAUCAACACUCUGGAGUAUUACAUGAGCCGCUACCUGAAAGAUGUCAAGCAGCAUCACGUGAAGGCAGACAAGCGGGACCCCGAGUUUGUUUUCUACGACCAGUUGAAGCAAGUAAUGAAUGCAUAUAGGGUCAAACCUGCCAUCUUUGAUCUCCUCCUGGCUCUCUGCAUUGCUGCCUAUCUCGGGGUAGCCUAUGUUGCUGUCCAGCACUUCAGUCUGCUUUACAGGUUGGUGCAGAGACUGUCCCUGAAAUCCAAGCAACAAUGAAAGGGGGCCAGAGGCACCACCAUUGGAAAGGAGCCCGUCAGGACCAGCGCUGCGUUGGAUGCUACUGCUGCUCGUUUCCUCGUUCCAUUGCACGACACUGGAGCAGGAGGCAGAAGCCGAGACGGAAAACGCCCUUCAACUCCCUUGCGUUUUGCGGGCCUGCGUUGCUCUCCCCUCCCGCUCCCCCACCCCCUUCCUCAGGACAGAGCCCCAGGCGUUCACACACACCACUGCUUCCAGACUGAACCUUGGGUGUCUUUUUUUUUGUCUUCUCUUUCCUUCCUCCCACCUCCCCUUGGAAAUCUUCCUCUGAGCAAAAAGACAUUUCCAUAAGUGCAGAGCUGCUGUACGAGAAGCAGGCAACACACGUGCCAUAGGUUAUAAGCUUUGGGGGUGGAAGCCUUGGGCUGGUCGGUUGGGCGGGGGCCUGCCUGUCAAAUGGAGAACUUGAAGGGGGUGCUUUGGGGGUCAGUUUGUGUUUUGUUUCGUUUUUUUAAAAAAGAUGUGCACAUGUAAAUUAAAAGAGAACUACUGCGAA